GAGGAAUGGUGUUGAGUUGCCCACACCAAAAAUCAACAACAGGAUUUCAGGUGCGGCGGUCUUGUUUGUACGUGAUAUUCAGCUGUGAGUUGCUGUUCCAGGGGACAGAAGACGAGAUCAGAAAAAUACUGUGUGGAUUGGAUUUCCAUUAUGGUUGAUCAAUCAAACUCGCCAACGAAAAAGAGCUCAGCGGCAUUGUCCCAAAAUGCGAAUUCAAGCAACAUUUUUCUGUUAGGCGGGGUCCACAAUGAUGAUUUCUCUAUGUCGAGAAUCAAUCGAGGAUUCUCCAACACAGCUUACGGCAGACAACAAACUCGGUUCCCUACCUUUCAAAAGCCAAAUAGUCUACUUUCAUUGCAGCAGUCCUCCAUUCGGCAGGGUUUGGACGACGAAAAUGAUAUAGACAGUUUGGAAAACGCAUAUUUCGACAUGAAGUCGAAGCUUCAUGCAAAGAAUGCACAGUUCGAUGAAAUCCAAACAUCUGCAAACACAAAACUGGCCUCCCUUCAGGCAGCCCUAGAUGCUGAAAAGAAGCAAGUGACGGAAUUGACUGCACAGGUUAAUUCAUGCAGCGCACAAUACACUGGCAAAAUUAAUGGACUACAAACUCAGUUAUCUGUAGAGCGGCAAAGGUGUGCCGACUUGCAAAAACAAUAUGCUGAAAAAGAGACUGUUUGGAACAAAAACCUGGCGGAGUUAAAAGCUAAACAGUACUCGGAACAGCUGAAAUGGUGUCACGAAUUCAAGAGCGAAAUAGAUGCUAUUCGUAUUUCUUUUAAUGAAGCCAUGGAUGAGGUUCAAGUAAAUACCCAACUCAAAUAUGCAUCGUAUGAAAAGCGAAUAGUCGAAUUGCAGAGGGCAUAUGAAAUCCAGUAUUCCAACGAAGAAGAGAAACAUAAGUUGAUUGUUCAGGAUCUUCAACGCCAGUUAAACGAAAUUCAACAGAUACACGAUGAGACACAGACUGUUGGACGCGCACAGUUAGAAGAGUUGCAAUCUAAAGUUUCAGAAGCACUUGCUCAAAUCUACGAGCUCCAACGGAAAAAUGCGACAUUAGUUGGUGAAAUAAACCUGUCGAAUCAGAAGAAUGAGUCUCUUCAACAGCAGAUGGAACUCAUCCAGUCGUCUUUAAAUUCCAACACUAAUGACGCUGCACAACUUCAGAUCACAUUAGAUGCGGUCCAGCGCAGAAAUGAUGAGCUAGAGCGCCGACUCAUGGAAGAAGAGAAGCAUCGACGACGCCUUCACAAUGUUAUUCAAGAUUUAAAAGGAAAUAUCCGGGUGUUUUGUCGAGUGCGUCCAGUGCUUCCCGUGGAGGCAGCUUCCAUUUCAAAUCCAGAAAUUGUCAUGAAAUUUCCUGAUAUCCAUUCCGUUGAACCUCGAGAGCUUGUACUUGAAGGACUUCGCACUGAAAAUUCUCUAGGCCAGCCGUCAACCAAAAUUUAUAAUUUUAGCUUCGACCGCGUAUUUCCACCUAAUAGCAGUAACUUGGACGUCUUUCAGGAGCUUUCCGAGUUUGUGCAAAGCGCUUUGGAUGGCUAUAACGUCAGUAUCUUCGCCUAUGGACAGACUGGUUCGGGAAAAACGCAUACCAUGUCUUCUUCGGACGGUGUCAUUCCAAGAGCUGCAGCACAUGUCUUUCAGGAAGUGAAACGAUUAGAAGAGAAGGGCUGGAAAUAUCAGUUGACGGCCCAGAUGAUUGAGAUAUACAAUGAACGAAUCCGAGACCUACUUUCCGAUGAAACGACAUCAUCUCGCAAACGCCUUGAAAUCCAUCAUGAUGAACGGACUCGUAGAACACGUGUGACGGACAGUAAAUGCAUCUAUCUCGAAACAGAGCAAGUGAUGCAAGCCGUGUUGCAACGGGCAAGUGAGAGACGAUCAGUCGCCGCAACAAAAGCCAACGAGCGGUCUUCGCGUUCGCACUCAGUCUUUACAUUACACAUUGAUGGUGUACACGCGGCCACAAAGGAGAAAACGUUUGGAUCAUUAAGUCUUGUUGAUUUGGCAGGUUCGGAAAGACUCGCCCACAGUCAGGCAGUGGGCGAUCGUUUGCGGGAAACACAAGCCAUCAAUAAGAGUUUAAGCUGUCUUGGAGAUGUCAUAGCGGCUCUCGCCAGUAAUUCAGGCAACUCUGAACGGCACCACAUUCCAUAUCGGAAUUCAAAGUUGACAUAUCUAUUAAAGUACUCGUUAGGAGGAGACGCUAAAACACUCAUGUUUGUUAAUGUUUCUCCAUUACGUGACCACUUUGCAGAGUCUCUCAACAGCUUACGUUUUGCUACUAAGGUCAACAGUACACGAUUGGGGGUUAGUACAAGAACCGCAUCAAAGCCCUCCACAGUCAUCAUUACUUAAUGCAAAAAAGAAUGCCUAAUCUAUUGCUGAGGAGUGGCCAUUUGUGUCUGCUUUUGUGCGAGAUCAGCACGAACCAUAGUAAGAUCGCUACGGCUUUUCUCAAGCAAACCUUCUACUCGAACACUGGGAAAGUCAGCGGAGGGUUCUCGUCAAAUAAGUUUGUGACACAGUUACAGUCGGUGACGGUAAGGAAGGGAUACGUGUCACCUUUAUCGCUCACUCGAGCUUGUUUACUUACAUUUCGUUUCGAAUAAACUCAAGACGCUUGGCCACAUUCGUUUUGGCUUCCUCUUGAUCUUGUUUCACCAGGGUCGGUCCAAUCAACUUGAACACAUUGGAAGAGGGAUCUAGUUUUUCAAAUUCCUAGUCGUUUAGUAUUUAUUCCUAGCUUUUGUCUGGACUGUGCCUCAGUGAAUGCGCCAGUCGUGUCGACUGUUAUCCUUAUCAUUUUACCUUUUGUACAGUUACAUUUUCUUGCAGUUGAGACUCAAGUUUCUUUAAAGCUUGGACAUGAUUGGAGACCUCUGCAAGAAUGAAAAAAUAGAUUAAUAAAACCAUUUCCACACAAUUUCACAUUUUCUCUUUGGACGAAAG